AGAUCUACAUAUGCAUAUGCUGUUGUGGUUUUUGGUUAUUCUUUUAUCUUGUAUUUAUUGCAAAAUGUGUGGCAACACUUCAAUGAUAUUGUUUCUAACUACAUGGAUAUUUUGUUGAUUUAUUGCCUGUGUGCUGCAUUGAUUAGCUUCAUUGUGUGUUAUCGCCUGGGACCUGUUGAAAAUGUUCGCACUUUUAAAAUCAUACAAGGGUGCAUGCAAUUAAUUGCUUUAGUAUUGAUUUAUCUUGGAUCAGAAUAUCGAGAAGUUUCAACUGCAAUCAUUAUAAUUUUGGGAUCCAUCUACCUCAUUCCAGCUCGUUGGAUUUCUCGCUUGCAAACAAUUUGGCUUCGUUUAUUUCCACCUAAAAUAAAACUUUUAACUGAAGUAGAAUAUAUUGAGCAGGGAAGUAUUGAGACUGCGAAAGCUUUAGAUGAAUUGAGAAGAUUUUGUAGUAGUCCAGAUUGUAACACAUGGAAAAUGGUUCGGCAAUUGAAAGAUCCUAUCAGGUUUUCCAAAUUUGUAGACACUGGUUGCCACUAUACAGAUGAAGAAUUGCUGAGAUAUAAUUCUGAAGAUUUUGAUGAUGAAGAAGAGGAACAAGAAGCGACCAACUUUGCAAGGAAUGGAAGUGUAACAUCUAGCCAGUACAAUUUGAGCUUUAGAUGAUGUUAAAAUCAAUUUGUAAUUAGCUGCUCAUUUUUAUAAUUUGAUCAACAUUUUUUUAAUGCAUGUAGUAAUAUAGUAAGUUAAAAGUAUUAUAUGUUGAUGUUCCCUAAACAAAAUUAACGUUUUUUAAACAUGAAUUAAGUAUGAAUCAUUACCAUGAAAAUCAUUUAGAUGCAUAGGAAACUAUUUUUUUUUUAUCUCAUUAGUGCAUGAUUCAGUUUUUUUAGUAAAUGAAAAUUCAUGUUAUAGAAUCUCAUUUGUAUUUAUUGACUGUUGAUCGAUACUGUGAUACUUGAUUGUAAAUAGAUCGUAAAAAUUAAAUUUUUAAAAAUACUCAUUUGACAUUAUUGUAGUAAAUAUAACAUCUGAUUUAUUCAAUUUUCUCUCCCUGAUUUCAGAAAUCUAUCAUAGAAUAGGUCAAAAAAGUUAAAUUACCUUAAAUCUUUUAAUGAUUAGUAUUGUCAUCUGUGGUCUAAAGUAUUGUCAAUUAUUAAAAGCAUACAAAAUCUUAUAACUCUGAAUUGAUAUCUUCUGUCGUCUCAAUAGGCCAAAGAGUGACUAAAAAUUCUUAAACUUCAAACAUUCUCUUUUACAAAAAUCGUUAAUUUUAUUUAUUUAUUUUACUUUUUUUUAUCAUCUUGUAGUAGCACUUGAAAGUUACCAUUUGUAAACAAAAAUAUAUCUGUUCAAAAUUUUAGAAUAAUUUAAUAUCUUUUCCAACCUUCAUGGCACACCAAAGUUUUGAUUAGUCCAUUAAGGCUGCUAAUGAUAUCCAUUCGAAAUAUUUAAUUCUGCUAUCUUAAUAGACCCAAACUUCAUUACCAUUUAGACCACAGAUGAUAUUAAGCUAUAAUUUUUAUUUGAGAUACCCAUGAAAAUGACUGAAUGAAAAGUUCACUGCAUAUGAAAGUCAUAAAAAGGAAAUGUUAUGGGAAGCACUCUCAAUCCAACACUGUGGUAAAUUUAAUCACAGUAAUUCAAAUUUAGUCAAAAUAUGUUUGAUUAUAAGUAUAAUUAUUUGUCUUGUACACAAUACUUAAUAAUCUGUAAUAGAUUAAAAUUUACAUAUAAUCAGGAUUAAAUUAAUCGUAAUUAUGUGCAAUUGUAGAUCACUAUUUCUUGUUUUCGUAGCUAAUGGUUAUUUGUAAUUAUGAUUAAAAUUGUGUGCAUUUUAAUCAAUUUCAUUUUAUCACAAUUCUUUUUAUUGGAUUUUGCGUGUGUCAUCUACCAGUGAUUUUCUUUAACAAAAAGCUUUUAAAUUGAGUAUAUAUGUCAAUUUAAUAGCUUAACAAGGUUAGAAUGAUCUUUAAGUUAGAGACGUUAACCAAGUGUUAAUGGCAAUUUAAUCAAUUGUUUUAGACGAUAAACCAGUUGGUUAAUCUAUGUAUAAACAACCCUAAUGGUUUAUCUGUUCUGGGUAAAAUUCCAUGUUAUUUUUUAUUUUUAAAGCUUAUUGUAAGGUAGGGUACUGUGAAUAGCCAGUUUUUAAAUUAAAUUUGGCUAAACUAAGGAGUCAAAAUUCUCUCUUAUUAACAGAUAAAUAAUUUAAAUGCUUUUAAUAUUGUACUGCUGUAAGAGAUAAAAUUAAAACCAUUAAUUUUCAUUAAAAAAAA